AGCUGUCGUCACGUCGUCGCUUUACGGUCGCACUGACUGUACCGAGUUGAAUCCACCUGUGCCGUCGGUACCGAUGCAAAGAUUAGAUACGGACUGUCGGAUUCUCUGAUGCUUGUGUUGGAUUAGAAGAAGUGAAUAUUUGUCUGUUUGACUGCGGGCUGUAUUUGCACAUCUUUUCUGGCCCAAAGCUCUCCACCUACCCUGGGAUAGAGGGUGUCACAUGCACCGGAAUGAGAUCCAGCUAACGCUAGUAGCCUAAAAACGACUUCCACUGCUAUUUAGCCCAUAUAUCUGAACUAUUCUGCCUGGGACUUUGGGGGUGAUUUAAACAUGCCGAUCAUACUGACCACGCAGGCGUACUGUAAAAUGCUUUUACACGCUGCCAAAUACCCCCACUGCGCCGUGAACGGGUUGCUAGUGGCAGAGAAGACGAAGGAUAACAAGAAAGACCCCUCUGCCCCCGUCCUAUGUGUUGACUGCGUGCCGCUCUUCCACGGGACUCUGGCUCUUGCGCCCAUGCUCGAGGUGGCUCUCACACUGAUUGAUACUUGGUGCAAAGAGAAUCGAUAUUUCAUUGCUGGGUAUUAUCAAGCCAAUGAACGCACCAAGGACUUCAGACCUAACCAGGUUGCUGAAAAAGUUGCUGCCCGGAUAGCUGAGAACUUUGGCGAAACAGCCAUUGUGAUGGUGGAUAGCAAUAGACUGACAAUGAGUUGUUUUGAGCCCAUUGUUGUGAUAUUCGACCACCACGAGAACAAAUGGAAGAGCAGAGAUGUGAAUCAGGACUGCUUUGAGGAUUGGUGUGAGGCCCAGAAGAUCACUUCUUCCUUGCUUGAAGGCCGCUCCUACGAACAGCUGAUUGACUUUGACAACCAUCUGGACGACCUGAGGAACGACUGGACCAACCCAGUGAUAAACAAGUCUGUGUUGGACCUGUGCUAGAUCCAAGCCUUGAGCGUAUCGGACAUGGACAGAGAUACUGCCGAUACAGCAUGCAUGAUGCUACUCAACGCGUAGCACCGGGAACAAAAAGUACUAAAGGCUUAACUUUUCAAGGUCUCUCGCGUUGAUGGGAGACUUGUGGGAGCAUUGAUGGCCAAAUGUUUCAAGGGCAAGCUCAUUGGUACUGUACGCACUGUUGGUGUGCUGCCACUCCCUGGAGUAUGGGAUGCUGAGGGGAUUACCGUAGUUUUCUCUCAGAAUGAAACUUAACAUUUAUUUCUUCUCCAAUGUUUCCGAUUUAGUUUAUUUCAUAAUUGUUUUGCGUAACGAAUUUUUAGAAAAGGUAAUAUAUUUUGUCCUGUAAUUUCAGGGUUAAGCUGUGGAUACAAUGAUUGAUACUGAAUCUUAUAAAAAGUUAUAAUGGUAAUUUACUAAAUGCAGAUUUAUUAAUAAUGUUAAUACAUAGCUAAUAUAGACGGAGCCAGAGAAACUAAUUGUCUGUGUCCAAUCAUAACUGUAAUGUUAGAAUGACUGUUGGAUAUGUGUUAAUGUCGAUGGACUUAUGAUAUGGUUAUAAGAACUAAACCAUGCAGGAUUGAUAGAUGCUGUAUGAAAUGUAUUUUUUUUUCUAUUGAUGUCAGAGAAGGGCUGGUAAUCUACGUGUGCAGCUCUGCUCAGUCUUUCUCUCCACAGAUAUGUCUGUAAUCUCUUUGCUCUAUUUCAUUAAACUUGUUAACUUGU